CUCGUAUGCAGACUCUACCUUUAGCUUUUGAGAUAUUCUUUUAUCUAAUAUAAUUGCAUAUUUUUCAAAACAUAAUAUUUAUGAGGCAUUCUACUUUUUGUCCAUUAAAUAGAAUCCUGUCUGGAUUGAAGAUGUGCAGUUUUUGCCAUACACCCCUCCUCCCAUGCAGCUAUCAUCUGCCUCUGCUGUGGAUCAUGGCAGCAUGGAAGAAUGGAGUGAGAGAAUAUCAUUUAUUAAUGAAGACUUAAAAUGGCUCCUGAGUCUUCCACACAACAGGUUUUGGUGUCAGGUGAUAUUUGAUGAAACUUUACAGCAGUGUCUGGAUUCUUACCUUAGAUGUGCCCCUAGAAACUUUGAUGCUUCAUCAGUCCUUCCCCCAGAACCAGCCACUCUCCAUGAAAACGUCCACAAAAGAGUGUUCAUGACAUAUCUCAGGAUGUCAACACACAAGGAAUCCAAGGAGGACUUCUUUACAUUGAGCACAUUUGGAGAUAUUCUUUAUGAGAACUUUUUAUUUGAUAUUCCAAAAAUCAUGGACAUUUGUGUCCUCUAUGGAGGGGAGAACAGCACAAAUACUCCACUUCUCAGGAAAAUGCUGGAAAACAUUUUCUCCAAACAACCCAAGUAUCAUGGCGACCUUGAUGCAACAAUCCUAACAAUUUAUGAAACGUUAGAUGAUAUCUUGUCAAGAUGUGGAAUUAAACAUAAAACUGAAGACCCUUCAAAUCUUCCUCUAAAACUUAGUGAUGCAAAGAAUGGCCCAAAGGUGUCCUUGACCGUUCAACAACGAGAGGACAUCGUUCUUUAUUUGAAUGACACAACAGAGACAUUGCUGGCCUUUUUGGGUACAUAUACCCCAGUCUGUGAGUCAUUUCACCGGCAAGGUUUUGUACAGAGAAUAGCUGGCUUUUAUGAACUAAUCACUCCGUAUUUUAGACUUCAUUUUACUGAUGUUGAAUCGCGGGCAUCAAAGGAGAAGUGGAAACUUGUUAAGGUGGCAUUCAUCAAGAUUUGCCGUGUGAUUCUCAACACCUGUUGUAUUGGACCCUUGGAGAGCAGAGAAAUCAACAGCAAUGAUGAGCAAGUUCAAUCAUGCGUUGAAGAUUAUUUGGAAGUGAUAACAUCCGUUCUCUCUGAGAAAAGGUUCCUGAGUAGUUACGACUCGAGAUUCAGCGUAACAGAAGACUUGAACAGAAUCCAGCAGUCCACAGCAAGUGUGGAUGAAACAAGGGUGGACUAUAUUUUGGCUGCUGUCGACAGCGCAAGAAAAGCAUUCCCUUGUCAUUUAGCUCAGAGAAAGAAUGUUGAUCCACAAGGGAGUGGUGAAAACGUUACGCUCAGGGGCAGUGAUGUUGAUAACCAAGUUAAUGGACGUUUGAAUGAAUGGAGAGAAGAACGUAUUUCAGAUGUAAAUGGAUUUGUGGAAUGUAAGAACGAGGGAGCAACAUCCAAAACUGUGAAUGAAGUGGAGUUGUUUUCCAUGGUGACACACAUUCAAGAUCUUCUGCCAGGACUGGGGGAUGGGUUCGUUAUUCUGUGUUUGGAGGAACUGAACUACGAUGUUGAACAAGUCGUUAACUUACUACUGGAAGACAAUCUCCCACCUUCCCUUCAAAACGCAAACAGGAGCUUGUCCAAAGAACAGUUACUGAAAGACAGAAAACCGCCCGAGACAACUGUCCUUGAGCAAAGACACUCGGUCUUUGAUAAAGAUGAAUUUGAUGUUUUUUCAGGCAACAAAGUCGAUGUAAGAAAAGUUCAAAAAGGCAAACGUCGCGACAGAGCAAAUCUUAAGAACUUGUUAUCUGAUAAGAGUCACAUCACAGAAUCGGUGAAGGAGAGGUAUUCUGCUUACGAUGUGUUUAAUAGACACGUGCGCAUUGCCAAUUUGUAUGAUGACGAGUACGAUGAUACGUAUGAUUCUCACAAUGUGGGAGCGCAAGAUGCUGACUCAGCAGAUGAGCUGACAAUACGAAGGCCAUUUACUAUUCCACGAGUUCUUGGCGGCUCUCCAGUACCAUCAGAUGACGAAGAUGAAGACAGCGACGAGGACAGUUCAUCAGAAGAAGGCAAAGCGAAAGCAGAGGAGCCAGAAGUAGACAAAGCUCUUAUUAAUCGAAGACAACGCGGUAGAGGAAUACAGAAGAAAGAAGGGAAGGAGGGAGAAGCUGCGACAGGGGGGCAAAGGGGAGGACCCAAAGGGCGUGGCAGGGGUGUAAGUGCUGCUGAGCAGAAAAACAGAGCCCAUAAUGAGCGCAAUAAAGGAAUGAGGGCCAAUCACAAUCGUAAGGCGGGGGCAGAAAGAAAGAGAGCUAAAGGCAUGGGAAUGCUGUCACAUCGGUGACACUGUUUUCUUUGUCGUGACUUAUGGAAGAGACUGCACUUUUCAAGACAAAGGCUUUUCCAGAAAACUCAUGUUAUGAACUAUAGUAUCUUUAUUAUUAUUAGUAGUAGUAGUAGUAGUAGUAGUAGUAUUAGUAUUAGUA